CAAAAACGAUCAACAAUGGGCGACAAAAGAGCAUCUCCGACGCCGGUGAAGCAGCUAUCAAGAUGGAUUCGAAGCCGAUCAGUAAGGCAGCAAGUUACCAUGGCUUCCAUUACUGCCAUUAUUCUCCUUAUUUUCUUGAAGAUCUUCGUCAGAAAUUACACUUAUUUCUAUGUUGCUGCUCAACUUUCUCAUUCUAUUGGAAUCUUAGUCUUAAUCUACAAACUUACCAUCACCAAAAACUGUUCUGGUUUAUCAUUGAAGACUCAGGAGCUUACGGCAGUGUACUUAAUCAUGAGAAUCUUGUGCCAUUUUAUGUUCAUAGGUGAUAUUUAUGUUGUCCUUGAUUCCAUAACCCUGGUAUCUACUCUCUGGGUAAUCUAUAUGAUACGGUUCAAGUUAAAGAACACCUAUACGAAAGAUCUUGAUAAUAUGCCCUUGUAUUAUGUGCUUGUGCCAUCUGCCAUUGUUGCACUUAUAGGCCAUCCGGGAUUUGGGACUAGUUUUGGCCUCAGAUUCUUCUAUAUCUAUUCGAAGAUAAUUGAAGCUGUGUCAGUGCUCCCUCAACUCCGUGUGAUACAAAAUGCUAAGAUUGUUGAACCAUUUACUGCUCACUAUGUCUUCGCCCUGGGUGUUGCAAGAUUCUUCACAUGUGCAAAUUGGAUUAUCAUGCUUAUCGACUCCAAAGGAGUAAUUCUAACAUCAAUUGGGCGAGGAUCCCUAUAUAUUCUCAUAGCUCUCCUAGCUGAGCUGGUUCAAACAUUCAUCUUGGCAGAUUUCUGUUAUUACUACAUCAAGAGGUACGCAACUACUGUAUACACAUUAGCCAUUAACAAUGAAUUUAGCUGUUUUGAGUACACUAAUAAUGCAUUUGUUUCGAUGACAUUAGUUAGUACUUUGCACGCUAGCCGAACACUGAGGUUUAUUUUACAGUUCCUUUUUGUUGAUUUGGUUAAGAAAUUUGAAAUCUAAAAUGAAGUUGAAUUUACAGUGUAGUAGAGGGACAACGCAUGAUGAGACUACCUCAGAUGGUCUGAGAUCGGAAUCCUCAGGAGCUGCAAGAAUAAAUUCUCUUCACAAAGAGGCUCGAGUUUACCAGAAGGACGGCAAGACUAAUAUGCUCUGAGACUCGAAUCUGUAUCCACUCUUUCUCUGUUUUUAUAUGUAAAGGAAGUGUAUCUCCACUUUGUGUAAACUACACUACAUGUGCAUGUGUAUGAUCCAUUGCAGCUUCCCUUUCAAUAAGCCAAGAAAUGAUCCGUUGCAGCUUCCCUUU